GCUCCAACAGCCAGCAGCUCACCACCAUCACCCGGCCGUCGCCAUCUCCACUCAUCCCAAUUCCUCGCCAUGAUGCUGUCCCGAGCUGCCCGCCCCGCCAUGAGGGCCGGCAUGGCCGCCGCCGCCCGGCCCGCCACCCUCCCCGCCGCCAAUGCCGCCGGCUACGCCACGCUCCGUGAGAUUGAGGGCCGUCUCAAGUCGAUCCGCAACAUCGAGAAGAUCACCAACACCAUGAAGGUCGUCGCCUCCACCAAGCUCACCCGCGCCCAGAAGGCCAUGGCCACCUCGCGCACCUACGGUCAGACCUCCAACGCCGUCUUCGAGAACGCCGAGACCAAGCCCGUCGACAACGGCAACAAGACGCUGUUCGUCGUCUGCUCCUCGGACAAGGGUCUCUGCGGUGGUAUCCACUCCGGUCUGUCGAGGAAGAUCCGCAAGAUGCUCCUUGACGCCCCUAACGCCGACAUUGCCGUCAUUGGCGAGAAGUGCAAGGCCCAGCUGUCCCGUUCCAACGGCAAGAACUUUGUUCUCAGCUUCGCUGGUGCCGGAAAGGACAUCCCCACCUUCGCCGACGCCUCCGCCAUCGCCGACCAGAUCUCGCUCCUCCCCACCGAGUACGCCUCCGUCCAGAUUGUCUACAACAGCUUCAUCAACGCCGGUUCCUACGAGGCUACCAUCCAGGAGGCCUACUCCGAGGAGGCCAUCACCCAGUCCGCCAACUACUCUGCUUUCGAGAUCGAGGACGAGGCUCUCCCCAACCUCCGCGAGUACGCUCUUGCCAACUCGCUCUACUGGGCACUUGCUGAGGGCCACGCUUGCGAGCAGUCCGCGCGCCAGAACGCCAUGGACAACGCCUCCAAGAACGCCGGCGACAUGAUCAACAAGUUCCAGAUUCUGUACAACCGUACCCGUCAAGCCGUUAUUACCAACGAACUUGUCGAGAUUAUUACUGGUGCUGCUGCUUCCGAGAGCUAGACGCUGUAAACGGUAAACUAGAUAUCCCGAACAUUUGGCUCAGUUGCGCCGUGUAGAAUAAGUACUGUUCAUAGCUCAUUUGUCACCUGCUAAGCAACUGCAAGCCCGUUUUCAAAUCACUGUGUUAUGAUCAAGUCUGUACUACUACAGUGCGUGAGGAUGUGUCCGCAUUCGGACCCUACAAUACAUACUGCAACCAGAGUCCCAGACACGUCCGGUCUGCCUCUUGGCACUUUUGAAAGAUCGAGAUCAUUUUCGCUGUAGCCAACGAGCCGCAAGAGUACGACUGAACACCUCCAAUCAAGCGUCACAUUCCAAUGAGAAAGCGCCUUCUUGCAUCAUGCUGCAGGCUGAUCAGACGUGACUAGGUGCACUACUUACGCUGUCUAUUUCUCGCUGCGCAGUCUCCCUGCAUCUC